AUGAGAAAGGAAAUCCUUGAUACGGGUAUCUCCGUGGUCUACGAGCCCCCAGGCAGAGUGCCGAUUGUCGAUGUCGUAAUUGUUCACGGCUUGCAUGGCCAUCCAUACAAGUCGUGGUUGAAAAAGCCGAGUAGCACGACAAAAUCUCUGCAAACCUCCCCAGAGGUCCAAGGGGAUGGGCGCCAGAGCGGGCUGCGCAAGCUGAGCUGGAAGUCAGCCAAGAGCACGCCUGUGGAUGAUAAUGAGAAGCCAGUACUCAAAGACACAUUGGGUGGUGUUGAUUCUGAAUCGGAGCCCAUCUUUUGGCCUCAAGAUCUACUGCCAAGUGAAUGCCCGGAUGCGAGAAUUCUCGUAUUUGGGUACGAUUCCAAGAUUACGAAAUACUUGUCUGGCCCGGCAAACAAGGGCUCCUUACUUGCUCAUGGCAAGGAUCUUCUAUUCUCCCUAAUUAGAGAGAGACUUGUUGGUCGCCCCCUGGUAUUUGUGGCUCAUAGUCUUGGGGGAAUUGUCGUCAAAGAGGCACUUGCUCGGUCGUCGAUUUCCUCGGAUUUGGCACUCAAGGAUGUUGUCAAGUCUACCGCUGCAGUCAUGUUCCUUGGUACACCCCAUCGCGGAAGUCCAGAUCUUGCGGCCCUUGGUGAAUACGUACGGUCGAUCGCCAGCACACUCGGGAUCGAUACGAGUCCUGCCCUUCUCGAUACUCUAGGCCUGAAAACAACCGAUUUGGAACGCGCCCAGGAGUCCUUCUCAGCAAUCUGGCAAGAAUAUGACUUUCAGGUCAAGACAUUCCAGGAAGGGCUUCCAGUGGUAAAGCUAGGCCUCGGUGCUCUGACUACCAAGAUCGUCCCAGACUACUCUUCUACCUUAGGAGACCAUCGUGAGCGUGCUGAGACAUUGCAGGCAAAUCAUAACGAGCUAUGCCGUUUUUCUGGUGAUAAGGAUCCGAACUACCGGAAAGUCGCUGGAGAGUUCCGUUCGAUAUACAUCUCGAUUCAGAAACUACGGGAGAAGACAGCCCAUGAGGAAAACCACAAGCAGCUUGUACAGCCCCAAUUCCAGGACCUUCCCUCAAUUCAAAGGAUGCAACUGCCCGGAGAUGAUCAUCUAAGCGAUGAGGAGACCAGAGCACUCCAGUGGCUAUGGUCUCCAGGCCUUCAUGCCAGAUAUCACGGAAUCGGAAGACCGGCGGCUAGAGAUCAAGAGGGUUUAACGUACACUACCGUCUGGGAUGAAGAGGACUUUCAGUCGUUCUUCUACUUGGCGUUUACUCAACCUGGGUCCAAGAGCUUGUUCAUUUUUAUUGAUGCCCUCGACGAGUGCCACGCAGAUAGUGUGCGGCAGCAGGCCUACUUUUGGCGCGACGCAACAAUGACAGCACGCGAGAACGGGGUCAGCCUCAAUGUAUGCAUUUCUAGCAGACACUUCCCUUCCAUCACUCUGAGCAAUUGCCCCGAGAUAGUCAUUGAAGACCACAACCAAGACGACAUCACCAUAUUCGUGGAACAGAAAUUCCAGCUCGGGAUAGCGGCAGAUGCAGAUCAAUGGGCAACCCUGAGAGAUCGUAUUCUAGAAAAAUCGGCUGGCAUCUUUCUCUGGGCAGUCCUUGUUGUUGAGGAGGUUCUGCGGAAAUGGGAUGAAGGACAAGGUUUCAACGUCUUGGACCACAGACUGGAUCUCAAUCUGAUUGGAGACGGACAUCUAUCUAUCAUGCACUCGUGCCUUGACUACCUCAACAUUAUGGAGCUCGAUGCUUUGAUUCAAGCUAGAGCACGAGCCAAAGAAGGCCGAGUCGAAGCUACAAAGAGAACACAAGCAACGCACCAAUCCCGCCCAGCGAACCCAGCCCCGAAGAUCAGCUAUCCUGGCGCCGAGUAUUCAGCUCAGGGGGAUCUCGAUAACGAAGCAUCCAAUGGCAAGCCUGUAUUAGAAGCACUCGUCGCCUCUAGUGAACCCGACGGAGAGCCUGAUAUCACCCGAUGGCUCGAAGUAAGCCAGGCGGCUAUCGAAGAUGCGUCACCCUCAGCGUCUGUGGCCGAUUCAUACGAUUCCAGAGUUGAGAAGCCCGGUCUCGACCCAGCUUUCGUCAUAACGCCGGAGGCAGGCCUGGAGGGUGACUUCCGCGUAGACAAUAACCCAUUCGCCUUCUCCCCGGGACAGCUUAAUAUGCUAAUGUACCCAAAAUCACUCAAUGUAUUUUCCACUCUAGGCGGCCUUGAUGGGAUUGUUUGUGGGCUGCAGUCGGACACAACGGCAGGACUGAGUGUUGACGAAACCACAGUCCUAGGGACUGUCAGCUUCGACGAAGCUACCACCCCUAAGGCGGAGCAGCGCAGUUCUGCAAGUCGCGCAUAUAUCAGCUCAGCACAACCUUUUGAAGAUCGUAUCCGCGUGUUCAAGAGCAAUGUUCUUCCCCGCAACAAGACUCCGCCGUGGUGGUACUUCACACAUACAAAAAACAGGAGAAGUUGGGCUAUGCUGUCCGUUCCAGCCAUUAUUGCUCUAGUGCUGGGGGUGUAUCAGACUGUAAUCGAUGACGAUAUCUCCAGGAGAGGUUUCUCGACAAGCCAUGAGGCAACUGUUGUUGGCGGUCGUUUUAGUUCUACGGAGCUAUAUAAAAUAAACUCAUCGGCUGGACGCUCUCUAUGGAAGCCAGAAAUUAAUCCUGCCCUUCGCCAAGCUUUGAUUGAGGCUAUAUCUGUUACUUCCUCGGCCUAUCAGAGUGACGCGCAUAUGGGAAAUACCUUUGUCGGAUCGAAAAUAGAAGUCGCAUUGCUUCGGUUUGCGGAUGCUCACCUCGGGCUGCAAAACCUAGAAGAAGUCAGGUCCAACGUGGAAACUGUCCACAGGAUGGCAUUCAGCCCCUCUAGGCAAUAUGCUGGGGCUGUUGUCAAGAGGAAUAAUGGGUAUCGACUCUACAUCAUCGGCGCUGCCGACACAGUACUUGGAUGGUGCGAGACUGAAAUCAAUGAGGAGUUUGAGCAGACCCCCCUACAGCAAGGUCGUCGAGAGGCUCAUAUUGAGGCAAUUUCUCAGUAUAGCACUCAGUCGUCUACAACAAUCAGCAUUGCUUACAAGGAUUUCACUCACUGGCCAAUCAGCGGUUUGGAAACCAUCCACGGCAUCAGUAGCGAUAAAGACUCUUCCUUACAUGGCCCUACACUAAUUGGGAUUAUAUCUGUAUCUAAUUCUCUGCGGGAUGGUAUCACAGAUGCAGUAAUGGACGCCCAAAAAGCAGGAAUUAGUGUCCGACUGGUUACUGGGGAGAGUCUUGCCACCGCUCGAGCUAUCGCCUCUGAAUCCGGAAUUCUUACAGAUGGGUUAACUCUUGAAGGCCCGAUCUUCCGUCGCCUCUCUAAAGAAGAAAUGGGCGUGAUCCUCCCGAGGAUACAGAUCCUAGCGAGGGCCUCUCCAGAGGACAAGAGAGCGAUGGUGGGUCGUCUCAAGGAUCUCGGCGAGACUGUGGCUCUGUGUGAUGAUAAUGCUGAGGCUGACGUGGCUUUAAAGAGCGCUAAUGUUAGCUUCUCCAAGGGAAUUUCUGGUACUGAAAUGGCAAAGACUACAUCAAGCAUCAUACUGAUGUAUGAUAGCUUUGAUAUUAUCGUCAAAGCCAUUAGGUGGUCACGAUCUCUGACUGCCGCAGUUCGAAGGUGUAUUCAGUUUCAACUGCCAGGUAUAAUAGCUGUGGUGCUCACAGUAGUCAUCACAGCAGUAGCCGACAAGGACAUGAAACCUACAAUUGGGGCUUCUCAACUGCUCUGGAUCUGUCUUAUUCUAAAUCCUGUCGCGGCUCUUGCUCUAGCCACCAAUACAUCUACUAUCAGGGCCCUAGAUAGCAAACCAGAGUUCAAGCCAUCUCUGAUAACAUCAAAUAUGUGGAAGAUGAUUGUUGGCCAAUCCGUUUAUCAACUUACCGUCACCUUGGUACUCUACUUCAAUGGGCCUCUCAUUCUCGGUUUUGAUACGUCUGAUCUGGCUUUGAAAACUAAGUUGAACACGAUCAUAUUCAACACGUUCUUCUGGAUGCAGAUCUUCAAUGCAUUCAACAGUCGUCGCCUCGACAAUAAGUUGAAUAUCUUUGAAGAUGCCCAUCGAGACAUAUCGUUCAUUGGCAUCAUCUGUCUAGCAGCCGGGAUUCAAGUCGUGAUUAUCCUCUUUGGGUCCGCCGCUUUUCAAACUCGGCCUGGCGGUCUUGAUAACAUAGACUGGGCUAUAUGUGUAGUUACUGCGUCGGUCUCUUUGGUUUGGGGCGGUUUACUACGCCUUGUCCCGGAUCCAUGGAUCUUUAGCAUCAUCAAACCUUUCGAUAAGUUGGUUCAAAAGCUCAGGGGUUUGGUCUGCUCUUCUCGGUCGCCUGAAGGUGAAGACGAAUAUAAUGGCUACUAA